AUGCCGGCCACCGAGCAGACGCCCCUGGUCUCGGGGAAGCGCCGCUCCACCGGCAGUGGCUGGCAGCCCGCGUCGGAGGUGGCACGCGGCAUGGCGCAGAAGAAAUUGCGCGCGAGGCACGACCGCGGGAGCAUGAGCUAUCGCAAGUACUGCUAUUCCAUGAUGCGCUCGCAUUCUCACUCUUUGAGGGCGCGCGUCUUCCGUUCCAUCAUCACUGCACUGAUCAUCGUCAGCGUCAUAACAUUCGUGAUGGAUUCGGACAAGCACAUCCACCAGCGAUACGUCGGGGCAUUCAAUGUGAUUGAAGGUGUGACCUCAUGUGUGUUCAUGGCCGAGUAUUGUCUGCGCGUUUGGACCAUACCAGAGAGCUGCAGAUACCAUGGGACCGAUCCCCAUGUUGCACGCAUGCAGCUCAUGUUCUCUGCAGGCUCGGCAAUCGAUUUGCUCGCAAUUUUGCCAUGGUUCAUUGAGAGAUUUGCGCUGUGCGUCUGUGUCAUUGGCGGACGCGGCUGUGAUCUUCAGCUCCCGAACUUUUCUUUCCUGCGGAUAGUUCGUUUGUUCCGCUUGCUGAAAGCGCAGCCAAUUGUCAGUGCGUUUGAUGUGGUUGCGCGGGUGGUAUAUUACAACGCGGAAAUAUUAUUGGUGGCGUUUUUGAUUUGUCUGGUCAUGAUUCUUCGGGUCGGCGGAUCACGUCGACGCUCCUGUUCUACCUGGCCCCCCCCGGAGACGAGCAUGACGACUUCUCGUCGAUCCCUGCAACGAUGUACCUCUCGGUGA